AUAUGAGUAUGGCAACUUCUACUUCUACUUCUACUUCUACUUCUACUUCUAUUUCAAUGGAUCGUAAGGCUCUUUUCAAUCCGAUUCCCUCGACUUUCUUUUCUGUCAAUUCCAUUCACACAUUUCUUUAUUUCGAAUUGACAUUAAUACCAGUACGAAAAUAAAAGAAAGACAUUGAAAAGAAAUAAUUCUCGCGAUAAAAUUUCAACAUUUUCAAUAGCUUCAAAUUUCAAAGCACAAUCUCCAGCAAUUUUACCAAGAUGCCCGCGCAUAAAGGAAUCAAGUUGCAUAUUAUUUCGCAAUGGGAGUUGAAAAUGCAUCCAGAAUUUCCGCAUCCAGAAAGUACCCAGUUUACAUUUCGAUCGCCAAAAUUGGACAAAGAGGCUUUCGAAGGUCAUGGUCACUCACCUGCCACUAAAGCUAACGACAGCAAGGCCGAUCGUUUACUUGGUAGACAAUCCUCAAUCAUUUCAGUCUAUAUUCCAUCAGCAUCAGGUAAGAAUCCCCAAUGUCAAGAGGAACAACGCGUGCAUAUUUAAUUCUCAGCUAGGGUCUCGAUUUUUUGUUCGUUACAAUGUUUGCGACGCGGCGGAUCAAAGUCCAUGGUUUUACUUCAAAUUAUACAUGAAUGGUCGACAUAUUACAUCUUGGGGAACAAAUUCGAAGACACGACCGACCGGCCAAGUUAUGAAAGCCUUGUUUGAGCCAGGUGCAGAGUGGGAUUACAAGGAGGGAAAAACAACUUACAAACAUCCUGGCACAGAAUUUAGACCAUUUUUCUUUCGUCAGGAAGAUGGAUGUCGUGGUGCCGCGGAUGAUGGUGGUUUGAUUGAAAUCAAGGUUUUUCGUGCCCGCGGUCGCAAGAGAAGAAACCCUAAACUGGAACAAUAUAAAGAUCAGUCAAAGUAUGGUGUUGUGUGAGUUUCCACCUCUUAAUAUGUAGGCUUAGUAUAUCUAGCUGUGUGUGAUAAACCUGAAAGUCUUUGCUUGGCUAAUAUCAUUUAGUAUGCCAAACCAUGGACUUAUAGAGAAACCUCAAGAUGCAAGAUACUACGAUUGGCAUCUCAAGGAUGCGAAGGAUAAUCCAUUUGCCACAUUCAAAUUCCAUUAUAGGAGCUGGGACAGUCUGCAGGUAUUGCAUCUUAUACCUGCCAACCACCCUAGAAUCCUUCAAGCCCAAGUUCCAAGCAUGGCUAGACACCUAAUGGUCCCGAGUCAGAGUAUGCCGCUAUUGGAUCAUACGGCUGAAUCGCCACAUACUCCAACGAAGUAUUUAGGCAAGGUAUAUACAAGUGAUCAGGUACACGAUUCUCUACAAAUUGCAUAUCCUCCGCUCCACCAUAGUGGCAGUCCAUAUUCCUCUGAUCAAAAACGAUCUCGGAUGUCACGAGUCUUUGAAAUAAAACCAUUAACAUUAUCGUUGACGGCCAAGAAAGACCAUAGAGAUGCAUUUAUUGUACCCACGGACCCCGCCAUUGAACCUGAUCCUUUUUAUACCUCAGUACCGAAGGAUAAGGAAAUUGAGAGAAGAAUCAUGCCAAUGUCGGUAUUCUCUGCGUUAUCCAUUGACGGGGCUGGAUCAAUAUCUUCGCAUGAAUGGUUGGCUACCAAUUACAAUAAUAGACCUUUACCGGAGAUACCAAGUAGAAAUUCAUCAGCAGCAUCGCGUGCAUCAGCGACAUCUCGUGCACCAUCUGUUACUCCGUCAUUACUUUCGUAUAUUGAUAGAGACCAGUCAUCUCCAGAGCCAAUUAUUGGAACCGCAAUUGCUGUCUCUAUUGACUCGGAUGUUUCUGAAAUAUCUAUUGCAUAUGAAGAAGACAUUGAAGGAGAGGAUUUUGAACAAGAUCAUGACUUUGAGGGUGUAUCAGCUUUAUCACCGCCACCCACUAAAACUGAUGUAUGCUGAAAAUCAUUUUCUCAUUUCUUCUCCCUUCCUUCUUUCCCCUAAAUAUAUCCACAAGCUUCUCUUACCCCUCUUCAUCUUCAGAAUGGCAGAGCAGAAGAGAGUACUGAUUUCUUGUGUGAAUAGUCCAAGAGACAAGGAAUCAUCUCAUCACCACCAAUACAAACUUCUUUCUCUAUGUCAAAUGUGACCAUCCGCAAACCGAAAAGCUCACCAAGUAAGCUCGCGCCAUUCAAAAUUCCACCAAGAAAGGAAUCCACAAUUCAAGGUGUGAACGAAAAAUCAUAUAUAACGAGUGAUGAUAACUCAGUCACUCUUUCUCUCACAGAAUCUGAAUGGAUGCGUCGUACUCCAUCUCCCACCAAAGAGACUCUUAUCGGAAAACUGUGCAUUCCGGGAACGGAGAAAAGAGCGAAACUGAAACAUAGACUUCUUUCCCCAGAAAGAAUGGCGGAAAUGAUGGAAUUAAGUAUGACAGAUGAUGAUGAAACUGGUCAAGAUGAUGGAGACCUGAAGGCAUGGGAUAAUGAUAGGGGUUUAGAUGGGGGUGCAAUAGAGCUGGUGGCUUUGCAUCGGCAUCAUCAUCAGCAGAGCCAGCAGAGCGAUCAAAGCGAAGCCGAAGAAAAAGACGUCGGAAAUACUUUUGAUGAUUAUGAGGUUAAUGCUAUGAAUAUGAGGGAGGGAAAUAUAAAUGUGAGCUAUGAAAAUCGGAUGAGUAUGAGUGAGGGUAAUUGGAUUUAAAUGGUGCGAGUGGUGCGAUGGUCGGAGGGCUGCGGUGACAGAGUAGAAUGUCAGGUAAAUGAGGCACAUGUAAUCCUACCUAGCUAAUUAAUGGCUGUGGCUGUCUAUGUAUGUGGCUGUUAGAUGAGUUAAAAAUAUCAUGAUAGAUUAGGUUUGGUUGCUAUUUAGGAACUACACCAAGUUGGGCAUCAUAAAUGAGAGCGACAAUGAGCAUGACAAAAGUCACGAGGGUGGGAAAUGCAUGUAGUGAUGUAAUCUAAAAAACAGCCCAUGAGAAUAAGUAUUUCAAUGUGACAAGAAUGAUUACCUAUACAGAGAGUAAAUAAAAUAUAGAAUAGUCAUACUAAUACGAACCAACCUGGAACACUGGGCUGAACCGAUACUAGACUA